UCGAGUGUCCUGCACGGAAACGCGCACGGCCAAACCAGUUCCCCCCCAGGAACAUAAGUUCCCCUGGUGAACGAGACAGUGGUCACCACAAAAAAAGACUUUUAAAAAAAUCCAUCGUUACGAGACAGUCGGCAAUGAGGGAAAAGUUUAACCGCUGUCGCAGCCACCAAACGUCAUCUCUCAGUUAGAUGGCUGUGAGUAAAUACAACUCCUUCCGGCUGGCAACAGAGCGGCCUCCUCGUGUCAUCAUUCGUCUGUACAAGAAAACACAAAGCAAAAGUCCUAUAUAGCUAGGGGUCACCACAAGACAGGCUACACAACCAUGUGAUCUGUCCUCCUCGUCCAGUCUGUCCAAAUGCGAGAUCACCAUUAAAGGACGUGUGUCUUUGGCUGAGGCUUUCAAGUUAAACCCCUCCCAUCUUCAAAAGUUAUCUCUCAUCAACAAUCGAAUAGAGGAAAAAGAAAAGAGGGUCUUAUUGAGGAUCGAGGAGGAUCCCUGCUAUAGCCUGAAGACUGUCAAAUUUAAAUGGGAAUAAGAACAACGUUUGGUUCUUUAAGUCAACAAGGGCGAGUCAUUCCAAAUGUUCAUUAUUUGAAGACGUUGAGUCCAUUUGGUCUCCUACGGAUUUAGUUCGGUCUCAGGAGGACCAGAAAGACAAGUUGUCACACGGACGGGAGGAGAAGAGGCAACAACAAGGCCGCGUGAAAUGAUGCCUCUGGACAACGAGCGUAAGGAGCUGCAGUUGAAAACACUGAUGGAGCUGGGGGAGGACAGCUUGCAGUCCUUCAACAGAUUGAAGUUAUGGUAAGCCAUGAAAAGUUGUCGUUCACAGAUACCCGAUCCAUGGUCAUCUCGCUCAUGCGUUUACAAGGUGGAAGGAUGCCUCUGGACACAGAGCGUAAGGAGCUGCUAUUGAAAACGCUGUUGCUGCCUCUCGUGCUCAGAUAAGAUACCUGAUCCACAGUCACCUCCCACACACGUAUGUAAGUCAGAAGGAUGGCUCUGGACAGCGGAAGGAAGGAGCUGCUGUGGAACACGCUGAGGGAGCUGGGGGAGGACGACUUUGAGUCCUUUAGGUUCCACACGGACCUGCCUCAAAGCGUACGCGAAGACCGCCGCCGGGUGUACAUUGCUGACGAGCUGAUAAAGAAGCACGGCGAGAACACUCUGGACCAGACCAUCAUGCUUCUGGAGAAGAUCGGUAACAACAAUUUGGCCGAGAAGCUGCGCAGCGACCUGGUGGAAAUGAAAGGUGCCGUCUUCUCCGUCCAUGAUGAUAAUCAGAUUAACCGAUUGAAGGGGGAGCUGCAAGACAACCUGCGGCAUUUAUACAGCCUCGCUUCCGAGGGCACCACCGAGCGCUGGCAGCAGCAGCCUCUGACGGAUGUCUACACGGAGCUGGACGUCACCUACGGAGCAGACCCCAGCCCCGACGAGCGGCACGAGGUCCUUCAGAUGGAGAUGUGCACCGCGGUCAAGGAGUCUAUCCUGCCAUGCGACAUCUUCAAAAGCCCUGACGGGACGCAACGACUGAUACGCACACUUCUUACUGUCGGCUUCGCGGGAAUCGGAAAAACAUUCUUGGUUCGAAAGUUUGUGUUGGACUGGGCUAAUAGGAAUAGCAAUCAGGACGUGCACUUUAUAUUUCCCUUCACCUUCCGCGAGUUGAACAUGGACAAAGGAAAAAACUUCACGUUGGCCGAGCUUAUCCGACUCUACGUGUGGCACAUGAGCGAGGGGACGCUGAACAAAAUAUUUGCCGACCUGCAGAUGUCCGGGAGGCGGGACUACGAAAGCAGCAGGAUUAAGAUCUUGUUUGUUUUGGACGGACUGGAUGAGUGCUGCUUCAAAAUGGACUUACAGAACCACACUAAAGUGGACAUAGAUGUGAAGAAGGCUUACCCGCUGGAGGUGCUCCUGGCGCACCUCGUCAAAGGGAACCUGCUUCCUUGCGCCCGGGUUUGGAUUACCACGCGGCCCGCGUCGGCCCGCGAUAUCCACUCCGACUUCAUCGACAGCCGAACAGAGGUGAGAGGAUUCACCGAUUCUCAGAGGUUGGAGUACUUCAGGAAAAGGUUCCCAAAUGAGGAGCGCGUCAUUGAGCACAUUCGGAAAUCUCGCACCAUCUUCAUCAUGUGUCACAUUCCCAUCUUCUGCUGGCUCACCGCCACAGUUCUUCAGGAUCAUUUGGAAAAAAGGAAAGAGGGAGAGCUUCCCACAACGCUGACUGACAUGUACUCAGCAUUUUUAGGUUACCUACUGGAAAACUCCAAGGAGAGAAAUACAAUGAAGUACAUCCUUGACGUGAAACCGCUAGCCAAGCUGGCCUUUUACCACACCAUGAAUAAGUGUCAAAUCUUCUACGAGAAAGACCUGGUGGACAGCGGUUUUGAUUACAGCCAAGCUGCAAAACACUCCGGAAUAUUCACUGAGGUCUUUAAGGAGGUCCCUCCGCUCAGGAGAAACAAACAGAAGAUGUUUCAGUUCAUUCAUCUGACCAUCCAGGAGUAUUUGGCCGCACUGUAUGUAAUGAUGAGCCUCUUCCACGACAACAAGAACGUACUGGAUGAUUCAGGUUGGUUACUGAAAAAAGUGGCUGAGCUUUUUAAGCAGACCACAAUCACUGAGGUCCACCAGUCAGCUCUGCAGAAAGCCUCAGAGAGUAAAGGAAACCUGGACAUGUUCCUCCGCUUCCUUCUUGGCCUUUCCUUGCGGUGCAACCAGGAACUAGUGGGGGAACUGCUGAAGGCUCCUCCGGACUGCGGGCAAAGCAAGUCAAAGACAGUCGAGUUGAUCAAAGAAAGGAUCCAACACAACACUCCAGAAAAGAAUGUCAACUUGUUCUACUGCCUAAACGAGCUGAAGGACGACUCCUUGCUGAAGCAGAUCCAGCAGGAAUUAGCUUCAAGACAUCUGUCCUGGCAUCAAAUGUCAAAUGACAUGUGGUCGGCCCUUGCCUUUUUCUUACUGACAGACGAUGAAACCAUGAAGUCCUUUAAUCUUGCCAACUACUCCCGAUCGCCUUUGGGGCUCGAAAAGCUGCUGUUGGUGGUCAAGGCUUCUCAAAAAUCAAAUCUAAGUCAAUGUCGCCUGGACAAAGGCAGCUGUCACCUGCUGGCUUCCGUUCUCAGUUCUCCAUCCAACCUGAGGCAUCUGAAUCUGGGCUUGAACCAUCUGUCGGACGAAGGAGUGGAGAUCCUCUCGAAAGGACUGGCCAGCCCACACUGCAACUUAGAAGUCCUCACCCUGUCAAUGUGCUGGAUAACAAGAAGAGGAUGCAUUUCAUUGACUGAGGUUCUCAAGUUAAACCUCUCACAUCUUCAAGAGCUAUACUUAAACGGUAACAAACUGUCGGAUGAGGGGGUUGAAAUCCUCUCUAAAGGACUGUCCAGCCCAAACUGCAUCUUAAAAGUCCUCAAUCUAAGAAAAUGCUUGGUCACAAAGCGAGGAUGUGUUUCACUGGCUGAGGCUCUCAAGUUAAACACCUCCCAUCUUCAAGAGCUGGACCUGAGCCUGAACGAUCUGUCGGAUGAGGGGGUUGAGAUCCUCUCGAAAGGACUGAGCAGCCCACACUGCAUCUUAAAAGUCCUCAGGCUGUCACGGUGCGGGAUCGCAGAUAAAGGAUGCAUUUCAUUGGCCAAGGCUCUCAAGUUAAACCCCUCCCAUCUUCAAGAGUUAUUUCUCAUCAACAAUCGAAUAAAGGAAGAAGAAAAGAGGGUCUUAUUAGAGCUCAAGGAAGAUCCCAGCUAUAGAUUGGAGACUGUCAAGAUCUAAACAAUGUUGCCUAUCAGAGUGUACAUUCAUCAAAUUCAAUACAGAAUAGAUCAUCUUUCUUCAGAUUUAACAAAAGGGAACAAGAACCUUUGGUCCUUGGCGUCAAGAAGGACGAGUCAUUCCAAAUUUUCAUUAUUAGAAGACGUCGAGUCCAUUGGGUUUGGUCUCACGUAUUCUCUGAUGAUUGCAAGAGGAUCGGGUGUCGGCGCUCCGGGCAAAGCGGCCUCGCUCACAGAAUUCGAGGAGGUCGUCGUCGGGUUCUUUGCAUCGACAUGGAGCUGGAGUUCAAGGGGAAGGUGUGCGACGUUCCCACUAAACUGCUGGCAGUUGUUUUUAUCCAUUUAUACUGGGAGGGGCUGUCCAAAAGGAUUGGAUUCUGAGCACCGUCAAUGGCAGCCAAUGAGUUCAAUAAGCACCCUUUAAAGGGUUAACUUAUGUUUCUCACAAAUUUAAAAGAAAAUGUCAUACGUACACUUGAAAUUGUUUUGGCAAGCAAGUAGGAUUUGGUAAAUUAUGAUGGAGUGCGUUGUUUUCUUGAUAUAGUAUUGCAAAUUUGUAAGCCCGCUUUUGUUCGUAAAUUGUAUAAUUGUGUUCAUAAAUUAAAAAAAAAACAAAAAAACUUGAAAUUGUUUUGCUCUUUUUCACAUCAAUAUUUUAAACUUGAUCAUUCUCAGUUCUUUGUGUAAAAUGUUGUUUUGCAUGAGAGAUAUGCUGCUCUUUUUUAAACUGCGACAUCACAACCCGCUCUCUGCACUUCUCACUCUGUAUAAAUCUUUAUUUGAACCACAUUUACAAUAUUGUAAUAUCACAUGGUGCAACCAGAGGCGUAGCGUCCCAUUAGGCAUACGCAGGCAAUUGCCUAGGGCCCCCAGAGGGCCAACAGAUUUAGCACACACAGCUUUACUGCACUGUCGCAGCGACAAGUGUUGGGAGUGUUUCAAUACCAUGGAAUCAUUUGGCAGAUUAUCUAACGAUUCUGUUAUCAAUCCCAAUCAGCAUUAACCAUGUCAUGUAGAUUACACAUGUUUAAGAAAGUCCAACCAGCUAUUAACACCACAUGAUUGUUUAAAGAGUGACUCACCAAGUACUCUCUGGAAAGUCCUUGCCGAGUUGUUUUACGUUGAUUUUCACAGGCCACCUCAUUAUUCAUGCGACUACUUAAAUAAAUGA